UCAUGGUGUUCAUUUACAAGAGGACGUUGUAUCCUUUAAUUCAAUAGUUUUAUCCUAAUUUUGUUAAUAUUUUGCGUGAUGUUCCUUAAAAUCAUAAUUUUCUUUGUAACUGUGCAACAAAUUUGUAGAAAUGUAUCAUGCAGGGAAUGUAGUGACUGUCAGCUCAUCACUUCGUGUCAACCAGUCUUACUUCUAAUUCAAUACAAAAGAAACGAUGAAACAAAGAAUAGUUUGAUGCGGGCUGUGUGUGGCUACGAUGAAGAUGAACAACAGUACAAGGUCUGCUGUUCUGAUUUUAGUACAAAGAACAUUCAAAACAAGUCUACAAUGGGAGCUCAGGAUACAGAACCUGCACUGAAUAAAAUCAAUGAUAAAACAUCGCUGCUACCAGAAACGUGCGGAGAGAUGGACGAUUAUCGAAUAGUUGGAGGCAACAUCGCAGGGCUUUAUGAAUUCCCUUGGAUGACUCUGAUUGCCUAUAAAAAAACUACCGGGAUCGACUUCCAAUGCAGUGGCAGUAUUAUCAACUCCAGGUACAUUCUGACUGCGGCUCACUGUAUACAAGACACAAUUAUUGGUGUGCGCGUCGGUGAAUAUGAUACUGGUAACACUGAAGAUUGUUAUCAGAAUAUGUGCCAGACUCACAUACAGGAUAUUCUCAUUGACAAAACCAUUGUGCACGAGAACUGGGAUAUAAAAAAGCGAACGAACGACAUUGCUUUGAUAAGAGUAGCCAAAGAAAUCGACCUAACACCUCCUAAUGUUCAACCGAUCUGUCUACCAACAUAUCCAAACCUACAAAACAAAAAUUUGAUUGGACAGCGAGCUAUCGUUAGUGGAUGGGGAAAUAUAGAAACAUCGGAAGCUUCUAGUGUCUUAUUGAAAGUUAAUGUGCCUAUCGUACGGUGUAAGACCAAAUCAAGAACUCAAAUCUGCGCUGGUGAACGCUACAGAGAUUCCUGCAGUGGAGAUUCAGGGGGGCCACUAAUACUAGAAGAAAUCUAUGGUGAUACAAUGCGCUAUGUUCAAUUUGGUAUAGUAUCCUAUGGUUCCCAGAUAUGCAGAACCCAUACACCAGGAACAUACACUGAUGUUAGAAAAUACGUUGACUGGAUUUUCGAAAAAAUAGAACCAUGAUAAAUUAGGGAAC